CUCAUAUUUCCCUUUGCGAGUUCGCUCUACUCUCAGAUCCUUUUCUUAUUUUAUCGGCUCCGAGAAAAGCUCUCGACAACGCAAAUCUACAGCCAUAACUGCGGCUUUUGCUAAUCUCCUGCAUCGAAGGAAAGGAAAGAAGUUGCAAUUAUUAAGGUUUUACAUCUGUGAGCUUCAAAAUUCAGGGCCUUAUUUCUGUGUAAGGUCCAUGGUUCCUCCAGCUUCAUCUAGAUUAUACUUAUGCAUGGGUGAUUAACAUACAGUUUAGGAGACAAGCUUUUGCUUGGUCAGCAUAUGUGAUUGUUAUUAAGGUUUUCUCUUAAGAUGUCCAAAGAUGUCAGUAGAGGUUCCUCUAGCUUUCAGGGAAACAGUUGAUUGGGGAUAUGCUUCAGUCCGAAACAGCCUGCAUUAGAGAAACGAAGUCUAACCAGUGCAGUAACUGGAAUAAUAUAUGAUAUCACUAUACUAUUUGCAGUGGCUUAGGGGAAUCUUCCAUCCAGUGUUCUGAUAUUGGACUUGGUGAAAGGGCUGAAACUGUCAAAUAGUGGUUUGGUUAAUCUGAUAGUGGAACUGUGGAAGUGGUGAAGAAUUGAUUAACUCAGAUAAUAUGGCCACAAACUCAAACUGUGGAUCCCUUGGACCAAAUUCUACUGAAUAUGAUCAUCAAAAUGCAAAAGCCAAGCUGGUGGAGCGGAUAGAAUUGCCACUUGAACCUGAUUCUAUGGAUUCCACUCAACAGCACAAGAAACCAGAGCUAGAAAAUUGUGAUGUAAAUUCUGAUGUUGGGGAGAUGACAUUGCCACCUGGAUUUGAGACAAGAAAUUCAACAGUUGGAUAUUCUUCUCAGCUACACAACAAGGUCACAGGAAAUCUUUGCCCUCAGCAGUUAAAAGAACCUCACACAGAUGCAAUUGGAAGUCCUAGCGGAACAUUGAUGCGGAUAAAUGAAAAUAAUGAGAAACAAGCUGAAAUGCCUUCUAAACACAAGUUUUUGAGACCACCCCAGGAAGAUUUGACAUUGAAUCUCAGAUCUAAGAAUGUUGAAUUGCCACCUGAAAAUGAGGGAGCAUAUUCUGUAGCUGACCCAGCAGAACCACCUGGUUUCGAAUCUCAUAAUCGUGGUCACAGAUUAAAAGGAACAUGUAAAGAUGCAAAUAAAAGUCCUGCACAGCUAGAACAUGAAGAAAAAGGACCCCCUGAGAGUAUAUCUACUUUCAGAACAGAUGUAAACACUACCAGAGUUCUGCGUCCCAAAACACAUAAACAAUCUGAAUCUCCUAUACCAAAUGAUGCUGCUGCAGGUGAUAGUGAUGACAGUAAAAAUAAUAGAACAAGGAGAAAGGAAAAGCAGAAGAAACAAAAUGCUGUUAAUGAAUUCUCAAGUAUAAGGACCAAGCUGAGAUAUUUACUACACCGAAUAAAAUAUGAGCAAAAUUUAAUUGAUGCUUACUCUGGUGAAGGAUGGAAAGGAAAAAGCAUAGAAAAAAUCAAGCCUGAGAAGGAGCUGCAACGUGCAAAAUCUGGGAUUUUCACUUACAAAUUGAAAAUCAGAGACUUAUUUCAACGCAUUGAUAUGAUACUUGCUCAUGGAAGGCUUCCAGAAUCUUCAUUUGACUCCAAAGGACUGAUUGACAGCGAAGAUAUAUUCUGUGCGAAGUGUGGUUCUAAGGAUUUGCCAGCUGAUAAUGAUAUUAUCCUUUGUGAUGGUGCUUGUGAACGUGGAUUUCACCAAUUCUGUUUGGAGCCACCUUUGUUGAAAGAAGAUAUCCCACCAGGUGAUGAAGCCUGGCUAUGCCCUGGAUGUGUUUGCAAAUUAGAUUGCUUUGUGUUACUUAAUGAUCUUCUGGGAACAAAUCUUUCUCUUACAGACCGUUGGGAGAAGGUGUUCCCAGAGGAGGCUGCGAGUGUCGUAUCAGGAAAGAAGUUGGAUGAUGUUCCUGGAUUACCGUCAGAUGAUUCUGAGGAUGAUGACUACAACCCUGAUCAUCUGGAAGUAGAGGAAAAUGGUUCAGGAGACGAAUCAACCUCUGAAGAAUCUGAUUAUUUUUCUGCAUCUGAUGAUUUGGCAGCACCUGUCAAUAAUGAUCAACUCAUGGGACUUCCUUCAGAUGACUCAGAAGAUGAUGAUUAUGAUCCGGAUGCUCCAGACCAUGAUGUGCAGGUGAUGCAAGAAAGUUCCGGUUCCGAUUUUACCUCAGAUUCGGAGGAUUUGGGUCCAGAAGUUACUGAUACUAGGACCCCUAGCCAAGACCAAUGUGGAGAAACUAAAAUAGGUGGAGUAGCGCAACACUCAUUGAAGGAUGAAUUAUCAUACCAACAGCCCAGUGAUGAUCUUGUAUCUCAGAAAAGAUAUGGGGAGGGACUGGACUACAAAAAGUCGAAUGAUGAAACACAUCAAAGUACGUCUUCUGAUUAUUGCGAUGAAGAAUAUGGGUGUACUGCUCCAAAAAGAAAGAAUGGAAGUCGCAAAGCUGCUCAGAAGUCAUCUGAUCAGGCUGCAAUGGGUGCAAUGAAUACAAAUUUCAACCAGAGUGAAACUGAACAUACCACUGAGAGAAGAAGCCGAAAAAGGCUCAAGGUUGAAGAUUCGGUGACGCCUGAACAAGGUUCAAGUAGUAAAAGAAAUACUAAAUCAAGAUAUGGAGAAGAUGUGAUCAAGAGACUCUUUGAAUCCUUCAAGGAAAAUCAAUACCCAAAUCGUGAAGUCAAGGAAAGUUUAGCUGCAGAAUUAGGACUGACAGCCCAGCAGGUUAGUAAAUGGUUUGAAAAUGCUCGGCGGAGCUUUCACCACUCAUCAUCCAAUCAACCGAAGAAUCAAUCUUAACUGAAAUAUUAGAAAAAUGAUGCAAUUCCUCACCCAAAAUGAAGACCCACAGAAAAUUGAGUUCUUGAGGUAAAAGUGCCAAACUCUUCAUGCCGUGGGGCUGCAACACUGAACCACCUUCAGCAAGUCCCGAUAAAGAGGAAUGCCAAAGCGUGAUAAUCAGAUAUGGGUUCAAGGAUCCAGAAGUAACAGAAGCAGAAGAAGAUGCAAGUUGAUAGCCUUUGCUGCCUAGCUCUCUCAUCAAGCAUUAACCAGCGCACCAGAUUAGUGAAAAAAGGCAGCACAAUCUCAUGUGCAGUGCAGAACUGUGUGAAGAGCAAUUAUGAAAAGCGUCAACGACUUGAAAAUGAGCAGUGGAAGAUUCCCUCGAGUUACAACUUACAAGGACAGGCAUUAGCAUUUUCUGUGCAUAUCCAAUCAACACUGAUAUGUAUCUACUUGAUGCAACAUCUUCUUCCCCAGGAGAGGGGAUAGACUGAUACUGUAGUGUAGAACUUCAGCUAUGAAUCAUACCAACUUAUUAACUGUGGUGUCUAGUUUCCACUCCCAGCAGGUGUAUAAAUUGCUUAUUGUAACAGCACGUUUCUCGUUUAAAUUUAGAGUAUGAUGUUUUUUUUUUUU